AUGGCCUCUCUAUAUUUCUUGUUCUUUGCGGGCGCGCAGGGUAACUUGAUGAGGUGGACCGGUGAUUUGAAUCUUGUCGACGUCAUUCGCCAUACCACCGCGGCCAAGGGAGAGAUUGAGGAGGUCCGAAGGCGCUUCACAGGCACGCCCGAACCGUAUGUGGACAGCGUGUUUGGUCUGCAUGAAUGGUUUAACGGCGAUGGAUCGUUGUUUCGAAAUCGCUUCGAUCGGAAGUGCUUUUACAAACGCCGAAAAAUGCUGGUCGCAAGCGACGGUUUCGACAUCGAGAUUGUGCCGACGGAAGACGACAACACGGCCAACUACGACGACGACUCGAACAUUACUAUCCACAUCGAAUCGUCCACGGCGCGGGUCGAAACUUCCUCCUUCGGCUGGAGAACAGAGAAUUCCAAGACGUUUGGCUUGGACGGAACAGUCGGUUUUGGUUUCCCGGGCGCCACACCCGUCUUCAACUCGGUCUCCUUCUCUCACGGUACGACGGAAGUAUAUGAACAGAAAGAGGAUAAGACGCAUUCGCAAGAGAAAACGUUGCGAGUUUCCAAACAAUUCGUUUGCAGAGGCGGCUUCAGAUGCAUUACCCAAACUUGGACCUUUGCCGCAAAAUAUCACGGCACCUGCCCGAGCAUACCUCUCGUCGACCCGGUUUGCUACAAGACAGUUCUUGAUGGUUACAGCGGCAUUGACGCCUAUCGCGUAGAGUCGGAGUACUGGAAAGCGUUCGACGUACAAGCGCAUCAAUAUCUACACAGCAAUCUUUCGCUUCCCUCGGUCCACGGACAACUAUCGCACUGGAGCAAGGUGGGCGAAAGAUUCUACAAGAUGACGAGGAACGGGUCGCCAGCAGGCAAGGUAAUUCCCUCUCGGCUCAAGGCUGGUGUCUGGUGGCCCCAGGAGGGUAUCUACGCGAUUGACUACACGGACAACGGGGCCUGCCAGCUGACCCACCCCGUAUUUCAGUCGGGCAAGCUGCUGAGGAUACAACUCGUCAUAAAGAUACCGAUAACGGACAAGGCAAAGGCUGGGGUGAGGAGGAAGAAGCAAGCGCCUGGCAAGUCAGAAGCCGUCGACGCCACGGGCCUUGGAAUUGAGGUGGAGAUACUCGAGCGAAUUCCUCGAUUAAAUGAAGGAGGAUCCUAG